CUUAGCGCAGCGCUUCAGUAUUCAACCAGACGCUACUAACCUCUGAAGGUGCUGGGGCCAACACUGUUUCUCUGGGGCACAAAUAUCACAUAGAUUUUUUGUUUGUUUUAUUCUGUACAAACUAAGUGUUUGUGCUGAGGGUAUUUUUUUUCUUACGGAGGCGAUAUAGUAUCGGGAAGCUUGCAACAUUUGACUUGAAAUGGACAUUUGACCAUGAUAGUCUGUAAAGUUAUGGAUAAAGACCAUCGGAAAGGAUACAUUUUAACACUGUGAAGAACAUCAAAUUUGGGCUCAGAUUGCUUUGACUUUGCUAUUUCAUACAGUUUUUUAUUCUAUUUAUUGUAUGGUUGCCAACAAGUUCCAACCCAAUGAUAUAGUAAAAAAAAUAUAAUGUUUGCGGAUACAAUGAAGCAAACGGUUGCUUUGGCAGAGAUGCUGGGCGCUAAGGAUUGCACUCUGUUGCGGGACAAGAAGGAAUUUGAUCUACGGUCCCGGGAAAGGAUGGAAGGAGAGAUGGAUCGCGUGCGAACCCGGGAGAGACUGGAAGCGACUAUUGCGGGAAUAGGAGAACUGGAAUAUUUAAGACAGCGACAGGAAUUGUUGGUCCGAAGCGUUUUAAAUUACACGGACAGUGUCUCUGCAGCAAACGAGGAUAAACUCUGUCUUGUGCCGGAGGAGAAUUAUUUGAACAACGAAGAAAAACUUUUGGAGGAAAAUAUCUUAUUGCUGAGAAAACAGCUGAAUUGCUUGAGAAGGAGAGAUGCUGGUCUGAUCACCCAGCUGCAGGAGCUGGACAGGCAAAUCAGUGACCUGCGCCUGGACACCAAACCGUCGCAGGACCACGUGGAAACCGACAGCCGGCCCAGCUCAGGCUUUUAUGAGCUGAGUGACGGAGCGUCAGGAUCCCUCUCCAACUCCUCCAACUCGGUCUUCAGCGAGUGUUUGUCCAGCUGCCAUUCCGGCACCUGCUUCUGCAGUCCUCUCGACACAUCGCUGUGUGCCUCUGAGGGGCGGCCCAAGUCUGCAGAUGAGGAUGGUUGCACAGAGUGUGAGGGGCAUUGCGAGGACCAAAAUUCCGGAACAGUUCGCAGGUCCCUCUCUGCUCCGUACCCCCCAUCCCUGGACGACAGCCAGGGCAAGUACCACUGUGAUCUGAUUGCUAAGAACGGCAGUGAUGUCUACCGGUACCCCAGUCCUCUUCAUGCUGUCGCCGUGCAGAGCCCCAUCUACUUCCAAUCACUGGCCAACCAGCUCAAAGACGACGUGGGUCUGUCAAAACCCUGCGACGUGUCAGGGGAAGGGGGGCAGAAAUCCGAGCAGCCCCUGGUACCCCAGAGCACCUCUUGGCCUGCUCCCUGCCCCUCCAACAAAAAACUGGACAGCUACAUAUUCGGGCUCCUGCAGAGAAGGGCCCUGCCAGUGAGGACCAACAAACCUCGGACGAGCAUAAACACAGACCCUUCCAAGAGCAUCCUGCGGCAGGCUAGUCUCUGCGUCCGACAGGCUGCCACCGGCCAGGCCUCUGGGUGGACCCCUGAGGUUAAACCUAACUGGCAGAGUGGGAGUGUUGCUACCACUGAUGCUAACGUAGCAUCUCCUCAGAAACAAUGGCAAGCCGAGGCCAAGGGCGAGCUGUCAGAGAAUAAUAUGACGUCUAUGACGUCCCAGGUACCUGUGACCCAGCCUGAGAACGGAUACGUAAUCACCCAGGACAUUAACAGCAACAGUUUGUUGAAAAAGAAAACCUCCAUGUCUGCAAAGAGUCAACCAUUAAUGUCAAGCUUAUCAAAAGACUGUGAGGACACUGGCAAUACCAGUGCGGUUUUGUCCCCCAAACACUUAAAGCAUCUUUACUCUCCUGCAAUGGAGGACAGAAAACCCGCAGCGCAGGCUGUCAAACCUAUGACCCCAAAGAAAACUCCCAAAUCGGUUUCGGCGGCUGUUGCGGCGUCUUUGAGAGACGAUAGGUCAACGCUGGAGAGGGUGAGUGUGGGAUCCUCCUCUCAGAGCCAGGACGAGGGCAGCCAGAUGGUCAGCGCUCAAUACAUCCCUGCCAAGAAACAGGCUGUCAAGCUUCGCAAAGGUGGCGGCAAAAACGUGAAGAUUGUCAAAGUCAAGAGCGCUGCCACGUCCACAUCCAAAACUCGCUCGCUGUCGCUCGCUGUCGAGCCAACAUCGGACACGGGAGCUCCGACAGCAGCGCACAGGGAGCGACACCGAAGUGGAUCUAGAAGGCCUCGUCACGUAGAGGACCCCCACAACGUUCACACUCACAGAUCUUCAAAGAAAGCCUCCUCUUCCUCCAGGGCCAAGAGAAUCCCAGCCUCUAUUCCUGAGGGCCGGGUCCUGGACAAGCACGUGAUCUCGACACACCGGUCCGUGUCGUCCCGGCACCACGGGCACCACGGACAGCACGGGCACCGAGAGCCAGUGGUGGUGGCAAAGCCAAAGCACAAGCGCAACGACUACCGGCACCUCCGCGCCAUCGCCGAGGUCCCUUACGACGAGGCCUUCCGGCGGGCCCACCGCAGGCAGAAGCGCGAGCUGCUCAGCCAGAUGGCUAACAUGUACCUGCCCCCGAACGUGCCCUUCACCAGCCCCUACGCCUACGUGGGCAGCGAUUCCGAGUACUCAGCCGAGUGCGCCUCGCUCUUCCACUCCACCAUCCUGGACACGAGCGAGGACGACCGCAGCAACUACACCACCAACUGCUUCGGCGACAGCGAGUCGAGCAACAGCGAGAACGAGUACGUGGAGGAGAGCACCACCACCAGCGACUCGGAGGAGAGUGGCGCCGGGGCCAAUUGGCCCCAGUUCUCCCAAGGGACGUCGGGGGCCGUGCACCCGCAGGAGAUGACCGCCGCGCAGGCCAAGGCCUUCGUCAAGAUCAAGGCCUCGCAUAACCUGAAGAAAAGGAUCCUGAGGUUCCGCUCGGGUUCCUUGAAGCUCAUGACCACCGUUUGAAAAGAUGGGGGAACAGAAAACCUUGAGGAGGGGAUGGUGGGAGGAGAGAGAGGGCACGUUGUUCACAGCGAAUGCAGCCAAUCAAAUUGGCCUUUGUCUUCGUCUCGACCCAAUCAAGUGCCUAGGCGUGUUCAGACACACUCCUCAGACGUGUCCUUAGUCCUUUUCAAAUGGGAGUGAAAUGGGAUUACACGGCCUUUUCUCCCACAGAGUCACUCUCCCUGCACUUUGUUGUCCAUUUUGACAAUUGGAAAAGCAUCUGCGUUGCCCCAUUAUUUUAUGCAGCCAUUUUGUUUUUGUAUUUAUUUUGGACUUGCUGUAGCACAUUUACAUGGCAGAAGAAAAAAACUGUAAAUGCACACAAUGGACAUUUACUUAAAAAGAGAGAAAAAGAAUAUAUUUAAAACUUAAUAUAUUUGUCUGGUCAUACAUCAAUUGGAGUAAGAGGUAUGAUUACAUGAAGAACUGAAGCAGUGUGUCAACAGUGAAGAAUACGAAACCAUGUGUUAACACUCUGACAUUUUUUUUAAAGCGAGUUCACCUGCUGAUAAUAUAGGACUUUUGUUAUAUGCACAUAAAUAUGCAUGGGCAACAGCUUUAACCCCUUUUGUCGUUGAUGUGGAUUAGCUGUACAUUGCAAUGGUUGUAAAUACAAUGUAUAUGUAUGUCAAUUCUUGUGUCUUAAUCUUUUUAUGCUUCAUUAAAUAUCUGCUUUAAAACA